ACUACCGAAGCUGUCGCGGACUAAACCUAGUACUCUCUCUCUUUUCCUUCUCCUCUGCCUCUCGAACGUACCAGUUAACAACAAUGUCGAUCCCUUGUCUCACAGAAGAAACUGCCAAAACUGUUCUCCGUCAGGUGGAGUUCUACUUCAGUGAUAGUAACCUUCCCAUUGAUGAUUUCUUGAAGAAGACAGUUACACAGAGUGAAGAUGGAUUGGUUAGUUUGGCGUUGAUAUGUUCAUUCAGUAAGAUGAGAGGAUACUUGAAGUUGGGUGAUUCCAAAGGAGAUGAGAUUCCUGAAGAUACCAUCAAAGCUGUUGCUGAUACUCUUCGUACCUCUAAGGCUCUCAAGGUUUCUGAAGAUGGGCAAAAGGUUGGUAGGAGUACAGAGAUGUUGAAGCUAGGGGAUUUGAUUGAACAACUUAAUGCUAGGACUGUUGCUGCUUCACCUUUCUCCUUUGAUGUUAAAAGGGAUGACGUGGAAGCUUUUUUCAGUCAGUAUGGAAAGGUUAAUAGUGUGAGGCUGCCUCGCCAUGUUGCAGAGACGAGAGUGUUUUGUGGCGUUGUCUUGGUAGAGUUCCCUACAGAAGAGGAUGCCCAGAAUGUUAUCAAGCAAAAGUUGGUCUUUGCUGGUCUUGACUUGGACAUGAAACCAAAGAAAGAGUUUGAUGAUGAAAGGGAGAAAGAUGAAGAGAAGUUUGCUGACUACCGUCCUCAAAAGGGUUCUGCAAAUCAGAAGAACGGCUCUGAUCAUAAGAGCAGUUCUGAUUAUGAGGCAAAUUAUCCUAAAGGUUUGAUCAUUUCAUUCACUCUAAAGCGCUCAGAUGAAGAAGGUACCACAGAAGAGAAGAGUUCUGAAGAGCCAACUGCUAAGAUAAUGGAUGAAAAUGAAUCAAAGCCUGCGGAUACAGAAAACACUGAUCAGGUUCAGGGACAAGGAACAGAGGGUGAAGAUGAAGAGGAGUCUCCAGACUCUCCAACUAAGAAUGGAGAGAGAGAAGAAAAGGGUGCUCUAGCUACCCAUAAAGAUAAUAAAGAAGUUGUAUUGCGUGAAGAUCUUAAGGCCGUGUUUGGAAAAUUCGGUGAUGUCAAGUUUGUGGACUUCAAAAUGGGAGCAGAAACGGGUUACCUUAGGUUUGAUGAACCAGAAGCAUCCCAGAAAGCCCGUGCAGCAGCAGUAUUGGCUAAAGAAGGUGGACUAUCCGUGAAGAAUUUCAUAGCUGUCCUAGAACCUCUUACCGGCGAAGCUGAAAAGGAGUACUGGGGUCUCCUUCGCAGCAAAGACAAGGGUGGCCGUGGAGGAAGGGGAGGAAAACGAGGAGGAGGAGGGAGAUUCGGGAGAAAGAGGGGAUGUGAUUCACCGGGUGGUCGCUGGAACAAAGCUCAGAAGGUGGAAGCAUGAUGGUUGACGACACUCUUUCUAGUCUCUCUUUGUAGCUAGUGACUUGACUUGUUUCUGCCUUUUAAUAUAUAUUUUGUGGUUGCGACUU